AUGGGAGGAGCGGGCCCAGGUGGUGGGGACAACAAAGAUGAGAAGGACAAGAAGAAGGAUAAACCCAAGUACGAACCACCUCCACGACCAACAACUCGAAUCGGCCGAAAGAAGCGCAAGGCAGCUGGUCCAAAUGCAUCUGCAAAGCUCCCGGCUGUUUAUCCUACCUCUCGGUGCAAGUUGAGAUACCUCCGAAUGCAACGAAUUCACGAUCACCUAUUACUGGAGGAAGAAUAUGUUGAGAAUCAGGAACGCUUACGAAAGGCGAAGGCUGCAAAGGAGGGUGGUGCCCCUGCUACUGCAGGUGGUGACUCUGAUGCCAUGGACCGAAACGCUGAUGAACGGGGACGAGUUGAUGAUAUGAGAGGCAGUCCCAUGGGUGUUGGUACUUUGGAGGAGAUGAUUGAUGAUGAUCACGCGAUUGUCUCCAGCACCACUGGACCUGAGUACUACGUGUCCAUCAUGUCAUUCGUCGAUAAGGACCUCCUGGAGCCUGGUGCCAGUGUUCUGCUUCAUCAUAAGUCCGUGUCUAUCGUUGGUGUUCUAACUGACGAUGCCGAUCCUCUGGUGUCUGUCAUGAAGCUCGAUAAAGCACCAACUGAGUCCUAUGCGGAUAUCGGUGGUUUGGAGUCGCAGAUUCAAGAGGUUCGAGAAUCUGUGGAGCUGCCACUGCUACAUCCUGAAUUGUAUGAGGAGAUGGGUAUCAAGCCUCCGAAGGGUGUCAUCCUCUACGGUGCCCCUGGUACUGGAAAGACACUAUUGGCCAAAGCUGUUGCGAACCAAACGAGUGCAACAUUCUUGCGUAUCGUUGGUAGUGAGCUGAUUCAGAAGUACUUGGGUGAUGGCCCUCGUCUUGUCAGACAACUUUUCCAAGUCGCUGCUGAGAAUGCCCCAUCCAUUGUGUUCAUUGACGAAAUCGAUGCCAUUGGUACGAAGCGUUACGAAUCUACAUCAGGAGGAGAAAGAGAAGUCCAAAGAACCAUGUUGGAGCUUCUGAAUCAACUUGAUGGUUUCGAUGACAGAGGAGACGUCAAGGUUAUUAUGGCUACGAACAAGAUCGACACUCUCGACCCUGCUUUGAUCCGACCUGGACGUAUCGACCGAAAGAUUCUUUUCGAGAAUCCAGAUCAAGUCACCAAGCGAAAGAUCUUCACUCUUCACACCUCCAAGAUGUCCUUGAAUGAAGAUGUUGAUUUGGAGGAAUUCAUCAACCAGAAGGACGACUUAUCUGGUGCUGAUAUCAAGGCAAUCUGCUCUGAGGCAGGUCUGAUGGCAUUGAGAGAACGCAGAAUGCGUGUUCAGAUGGCUGAUUUCAGAUCUGCUAGAGAGCGUGUCCUUAAGACGAAGAGCGAGGGUGAGCCGGAGGGAUUGUACUUGUAG